AUUCUGUUGAACUGGGUCCCUGGAGGCUUGCUGGAUCCUGCUCUUGGGGCGUGGGAGGAUAACAGGUUUGUCUAAAAUGGGCCCAGAAGUGACUACGGUAUGAGGUCGUUCUAACACGAGGCACAAUAGAUGUACAACAUGUAAUCAAGACAGAUUCAGUUGUCAAGGACACUGUGGUCAUAUAGAGCUGCCUGUCCAUUUGUACCAUCCGCUUCUCAUGGACCAGAUACUGAAGCUGCUCCGAGCGAAAUGUAUCUUCUGCCACCACUUCCGACUGUCGCCCGAUACUAUCGAUUACUACCGGUCGGUCUUGUUACUACUUCGCCACGGUCUCUUGAAUGAAAUUGGAGAAAUGGAACAGCUAGGGCUAGGGCGAACAAGGAAAGGUGAACAGAAAGAUAACGCCAGCGACGACGAGGAUGAGAGCACGAAUUCCGAAGAGAGAAUCAGGUUCAUCAACAAAGCAAUUAAACGCUCAAGGAGUGCGAAUAAGCAGUCUGGACAGUGCGAACAGAUCUCUACUACGAUUGCUUCUGCGCGCAAAGCUGCACUACGGGAUUUGUUCCAAGAUCUUGGGAAAGCCACAAAAUGCGCGCGUGAGGAUUGUAAAGGUGUUUCGCCAAAGUUUCGAAAGGAUCGAUAUACAAAGAUAUUCAAGAUGCCGUUCAGCGAAAAGCAGAAAAAACAGAAUGACACUGUUACCAGGAAGAUCGGCAACCCGGUCCUUCUCGUUCAACGACAAAAGGAAGCUCUUGAAAAGCAUGCGAGGAAGAUGGACGUCGACGAGGCUGUCGCUGAUUUGGACUCGGCCCACAGCGAAGAUGAAGAAGGAGAAGAAGAUAGUGAGGACCUGCAGAUGAACGAUAUGACUGGCGACAUUAUACAGGCGGAAGCGUCCAUGACAACCGCCACAACACAACCAGGCACGCAAGAGAAGGAGACACAGCUAUAUAUCAGCUCUGAAGAAGUCCGAGCAGCCCUGCAACUCCUCUUUGAUCGCGAGCAGGACAUAUUGACCAUGAUAUACACCCCUCAUACUCAUGCACGAGACCUUAAACGCCUCAGUCCGGACAUCUUUUUCAUCAAGACACUACUUAUAUCUCCAAACAAAUAUAGACCGACCGACAAGACUCCUGCUGGUGUAUCGGAGCACCAACGUAACAAGAUCUACAACAGCAUACUAAAACUCAGUGAGCAAAUGAGCACAGCGACGAAGCGUAUCAAUGAUGCAAAUGAGGAGCUUGCAAUAAGGGCCUCAUCAAUGAAUGAAUUGCAGAGAACCUGGUUGCAGCUGCAAGAAGCGGUGAAUUCACUCUCAGAUAAUACUAGAGGGGCGCCUUUGAAUUCUGUUACUGCAAAACAAGCCGCGAACGGUAUCAAGCAAGUGCUGGAAAAGAAGGCAGGACUGUUUCGAAUGAACAUGAUGGGGAAGCGGGUGAACUAUGCGGCGCGUAGUGUUAUUUCGCCCGAUCCCAACAUCGAGACAAAUGAGAUAGGUGUGCCUCCGGUAUUUGCUCAGAGGCUGACCUAUCCGGAACCGGUUACCAAUCAUAACUUCUACGAACUGAAGCAAGCAGUCAUUAAUGGACCAAGGAAAUGGCCUGGCGCUGUCGCUGUCGAGUCAGAGGAUGGUGUCGUCACCAGCCUGCUGAGAAAGAAUGACGAGGAACGACUGGCAGUCGCCAACCAGCUGUUAGCCCCGUCGAAUACGAGUGCAAUCGGCGCCAGGAAUAAAAAGGUCCAUCGGCAUCUCAAUAACGGAGAUGUCGUGAUAAUGAACAGACAACCCACCUUGCACAAACCUUCGAUGAUGGCCCACCGUGCUAGGGUGCUUCCUGGCGAAAAAACCAUUCGUAUGCACUAUUCAAAUUGUAACACAUAUAAUGCAGAUUUCGAUGGAGACGAGAUGAACAUGCAUUUUCCACAGAACGAGAUUGCACGAGCAGAAGCGCUUAUGAUUGCAGAUACGGAUCACCAGUAUCUGUCUGGUACUGCAGGCGCACCUUUACGUGGUCUGAUUCAAGAUCAUAUCUCAAUCAGUGUAUGGUUAUGUAAUCGUGACACUCUAUUCGACCGCGAUCAUUAUCAGCAGCUCGUAUAUGCUGCACUCAGACCAGAGGACAACCAUACCACAACAGGAGUCAUUGAGACCGUGGCACCUGCCAUAUUCAAGCCAAGUCCACGUUGGACUGGUAAGCAGGUUAUCACAACAUUAUUAAAGAACUUAAAACCAGCAAGUCACCCAGGACUUACCCUGAAAUCGAAGUCUCAGACUAGCCCAAAGCUUUGGGGCCCGGGCUCCGAAGAAGGCGUCGUCAUCUUUAAGGACGGAGAAUUCCUCUGUGGUAUCCUGGAUAAGAGACAGAUAGGCCCUAAGCACGGAGGUCUUGUCAGCGCUGUGUACGAGGCCUAUGGGCACACCGCCGCCGGGAAGCUUCUCAGUUCUCUAGGCCGACUCCUUACAAAGCUUCUACAUAUGAAUGCAUUCUCUUGUGGUGUAGAAGAUCUGAUUCUUACACCGACCGGAGAAAGCAACCGGAGGGAGGCGCUCAGGGAGGCCGAUGUAGUUGGCUUGAAAGCUGCUUCGGAAUACGUGUCACUAUCCGCCAAAUCAUGCAAGGAGCUCGAUAUAAGGCUUGAACGAGUUUUACGCGACGAUGAGUUGCAACAGAAAUUGGAUUUGAAGGUCAACGGAACGACGAAAGACAUGUCUGCCGCUGUAACGAACGCCUGUCUUCCUGUUGGACUCAUCAAACCCUUUCCGAGAAACUUCAUGCAAACCAUGACCCAAUCAGGUGCCAAAGGAAGUGAUGUUAACGCGAAGCUCAUCACCUGUAAUCUUGGGCAACAGACUUUGGAAGGUCGUCGGGUUCCAGUCAUGGUCAGCGGCAAAAGUUUGCCGUGUUUUAAGCCAUACGAAACAAAUGUCAGAGCUGGUGGAUAUAUCGUCGACCGAUUUUUGACCGGCAUUCGUCCUCAAGAGUAUUAUUUUCACGCUAUGGCUGGUCGCGAAGGUCUGAUCGAUACCGCUGUAAAGACGUCGCGCUCUGGGUACCUUCAACGCUGUCUCGUCAAAGGUAUGGAGGGCUUGAAAGUCGAAUACGAUACCUCGGUUAGGGACACGGACGGUAGUCUUGUACAGGUUCUAUACGGCGAAGAUGGCCUCGACGUCGCUAAAGCAGCCUAUUUAGAAGACUUCAAGUUCCAGGCUGAUAACUUCUUGUCACUAGUUGAGUCUACGAACCUUCGUGAAGACUUCACAAAAGUACAAAGUGAUGAAGCAAUUGAUGCAACCAAAGCUGCGCAUAAGAAGUUCAAGAGAUCCGGAGACCUCGGAUCAAGCGAUCCCGCACUAUCGCAGUUUGCACCAGGCCGCCAUUGCGGAAGCACUUCCGAGAGAUUUUUCGAAGCGCGAAGGAAAUAUGUGGAAUCAAAUCCGGACAAAUUAAUCAAGAAGAAGAAAGCAGACAUUGUUUGCCAGGUCACGAGACAGAAUACGGUUACGAAGAAGAAUUUCGAGAACGCUAUGGACAUGAAAUACUUGAAGUCCGUAGUGGAACCUGGCGAGGCCGUGGGUAUCGUCGCAGGACAGUCAAUUGGAGAGCCUUCGACCCAGAUGACUCUGAACACUUUCCAUUUGGCAGGUCACUCUUCUAAGAACGUCACGCUCGGUAUUCCUCGCCUUCGUGAGAUUGUGAUGACGGCCAGUGCAAAGAUAUCUACACCAGAAAUGACCCUUCCCCUGAGAAACAACGUUUCGGAGGAGGAAGGACAGAAACUUGCGAAGUAUUUGGAUCGUCUACCCUUGUCUGCCAUCAUCGAUACAGCCUCUGUCACUGAAAAGCUAGGCCAAGGCAUCGGACAUGGUGAGGCCAGGAUGUAUGAGAUCUCACUGCAUUUCUAUCCGUCAAAAGAAUACUGUGAAGAAUACAAUAUCAAGGUUGCAGACGUCAUGAACGCUAUUAAGGAUAAACUCAUACCCGGGCUUCAGAAGCGCGUUCGAAUCGAGGCCAAAAGGAAGGCUAAAGAGCGCUCCUUGAGUAAUGCCAAAGACUCAGAUGCCCUACCUGACAUAGGUGCUUCUGCUGGGCGCGUUGAAGAGGCACGACAGACUCGAAGACGAGGUGACAACGAUGACAGCGAUGUCGAAGACGAAGACGACGAUGCAGACGCUGCAAAAGCACGGCAAAACAAAGACGACGAGGAUGAUUAUGACGCUCCGGAUCAAGAUGAGGAGGAGAUGGCAAACGAAGAGCGAGAAGAGCGAGAAGCCACACCAGAGGAUGAGGCCUAUGGUAGCGCCCGUGAGGGCUCGGUGGAGUCAGAAGCCGGGUCAGAUUCCAGUCCAAGCGACGACGAAGGCGAUAAUGAUUCCGACACCUCAAUGACGGAUGCGCCCUCGGCAACACCAAACCUCGCGGACUUUGAAGACACCAUCAAAGCUUACAACGCCGACGUCACCGCCGUCAAAUUCCGCCCAAACUCCUUGAAAUUCACACUCGAAUACUCCGCCACUGCCCCCAAAACCCUCAUGCUCAACCACGUCGAGCAAGUCUGCUCCUCCGUCUACAUCCGCAAUACCUCCGGCAUCGCCUCGUGCGUCUAUAUGCUCGUGGACACGCCAGAUCCCAAUAACCCAGGCCAAAAAAUCAAAAUCCCCAUACUGUCCACCGAGGGCGAGAACAUCCCAGCAAUGUGGCCGUACGAGGUGUCCUCAGUCAUCGACGAAUCGCGUAUCUCCACGAACAACAUCCAAUCUGUGCUGAAAUACUACGGUGUCGAAGCGUGCCGCGCGAGCAUAGUCCGCGAGAUGAAUGCCGUCUUUGGCGGCCACGGUAUCGAUGUCGAUAACAGGCAUCUGAACUUGAUUGCAGAUACCAUGACGCGAGAGGGCGGAUUCAAGGCGUUUAAUCGUAUGAGCAUGGCGAGCAACUCGAGCCCGUUUGCGAAGAUGAGCUUCGAGACGAGUGUCAACUUUUUGAUCGAUGCGGUGUUGAAUCAGGAUGGUGAUGCGCUAAAAGGACCGAGUGGAAGGAUUGUUGUUGGGCGCGUGGGCAAGGUCGGAACAGGAGGUAUUGAUGUCCUUGCACCUGUGGAGUAGCUCGUCUAUCGGAAAGAGAGCAGUUGGUGUAUAUUGUAUACCCAGCUAGGCGUUCCUUGUUAUGAACAUUAUUGGCUUUGGCGUCUAGUAUCGGAAGUCAAUGUUGUAUAUGAUUUUUCAAAAUUAUGCAUGUUGUAGAGCAUUAAAUUCAGGUC